AUGAGAAAUUUGUCAUGUUUGCUCACUGGUCAAGAAGAAUUGCUAUGUGAUUUGGAAAAGAAUGAGAUUAAAGUUGUAUUGCGAGAACAAGGUGGAACCUUAGCUGCUAUCUCUUCCCAACCUACAAUCAUUGAAGAAAUCAACGAGAAAGAUUCAAAGUUUACAUCAAGAUUCUGGCAAAGUUUGCAACAGGCUUUGGGAACCGAAUUACGAUUGAGUAGCGCCUACCAUCCACAGAUAGACGGUCAAUCCGAAAGAACCAAUCAGACUUUGGAAGAUAUGCUACGGAUGUGUGUGUUGGACUUCCAAGGGAAUUGGGAGACCUACCUUCCUUUAGCCGAGUUUGUGUACAAUAAUAGCUACCAUUCAAGUAUUGGGAUGACUCCUUAUGAAGCUCUCUAUGGAAGAAAAUGUCGUUCUCCUAUUUGUUGGGCAGAAGUAGGUGACAGGCCAUUGUUGGGCCCAGAACUUGUGCAAGAAACGACUGAGAAAGUGAAUCUGAUUCAGCAACAGUAUUUAAGAGAUCCAUUCCAUGCCAUUGAACCAACACAUGUGCUUUUGAAAGAUGACUACACCUAUGAGGAGAGGCCAAUACAGAUUGUUAAUCGUAGAAUCAAAAGACUAGGGAACAAAGAAAUCCCAUUGGUAAAGGUUAAUUGGCAGAAUCAUGGAGGAACUUAUGCAACCUGA